UGGGUCUGGACACCCAGCGGGCCGUGCGCUCGCUUGGCGGCUCCCGGGCAGAGCUGGCGCAACCCUGGCCCACAGAGCAGCCUCGCUUCACUUUGUGGGCCUGGACCCUGGGCGCCACGGUCACGGUGAGCUGCACCCCACGCCCAAGCGCACGGCUCCUCCCUUGCUGCCUCCCCUGGCGCCUGGGUGGGGCCCCCUUGUUCUGGGUGGGGGGACGCUGACCUUUUUGUGGGGCAACCUGGUCCCAGCACCCUCUCAGGACUUCCCACAGUCCCGGCCCGGCUGGGGGAAGCCCCAGGCCUCUGGGAAGGUGGCCACCUCGCCAGCCCGGCUGGGUUUGGGCUUGCCUCCUGGGUCAGCCCUCCAGGCACCCCUUGCCCCCGCCUCUGAUUUCAGACCCGCACUGAGGCUCAGAGGCUUCCUACCCAGUCAGGAUGGCCAGCUUCUCUCCCUGGGGCCCAGGUCUCCUGUGUCCUGGGUCUGGCUUGCUUUGUCCUCUGACUCCUGAAAGCUCAGCCUUGCACUGGUGGCUCAUGGAGCUCCAGGCACGGAGAAAGCCCUAGAGAACACCAUGGGAGCUGGGGACACUCUGGCUGGCCUUGCUGUGGGCCCUGUGCUACGUGUCCAGGAGAUGGUGGCUUCAUUUCUCCCCUGCCCUCUGGACACCUCAGCCAGGGAGGUGGCUGCUACAACAGAUAAAGCAUCAGCCUGGGGGUCACCCAAAGGCCCCCCCCCCUUGCCCUACCCUCCCUCGUUGGCUGCUUUUCAUGAGUGGCUGUAAGCCUUGUUGGGCUGACAAAGGGUGGAGGCCUUGGUGGGUGGCCGAUGCCAGCCCCCCAGCACUGAGAGUCCCAGGGCUUUCUUGGGCUGCUUGUGGGCACUCUGGCCAUGGAACAGUUGGUGUGAAUGGCCUGAGUCCUGCUGAGGGCUGAGAAUGAUGUCCUGGCCUGGACGUGCUCACAGCCCCAUGGAGAGAUAGACGAGUGGAUGGCAGGCUGGGCACUCCGUUUCUUUCUGUGUUGGCUGAUGGUCAGGGCAGGAGCUUUCUGCCAGCCAGAGUGUCCCUGGACUGGCUUGCAGGCCUGCUUUGGAGGGAAAGAGCUCCCCAUCGUUGGAGGCAUCCAAGUACCACCAUUCCCCUCAUCCCCCAUCCUGCUCUUCCAGCCCUGAGGGCACAAUGCCUGACCCAUCUGCCCUCCUCAGGAGCAUGGCGUCGGCCUUUGAGGGGGUAGUCAAGAGUGUGGUCCGGGAGCUGGACCACAGUGGGGACCUCAUUCCGGUGGACAGCCUGCGGAGCUCCACCGGCUUCCAGCCCUACUGCCUUUUGGGCAGGAAGCCUUCGAGCUUGUUCUGGAGACACCGCUACAAAUGUGUCAACCUGUCCAUCAGGGACAUCCUGGAGCCCAACGCCCCGGAACCAGGACAGGCGGUGGCCGGUAGGACGGGGGACCUCAGCUCUGGUCUUGCUCCAGCUGUGGAGCAUGGCGGCCCCGUCCACUUCCAUGACACUGUGGACGGGCGGCUGAAGGGCAGUGUGGAGCUGACAACCCCAGGACAAGGGAGGUUGGAAGGCGAGGCCUCCGUGUCCGGCAGCUCCAGCGCCUCGAUGAACGUGUGCACACUUCGAGUAGCCCCCAGCACCUGGCAGGCCAUGCACCAAGAGCGGCGCCUGCGGCAGCCUGAGCACAAGGUCCUGCAGCAGCUGCGGAAUCGUGGGAUCGAUGUGUUCGUGGUGACUGAGGUGCUGCAGACGCAAAAUGAAGUGGAAGUCACCCGGACCCACAGGCAGGAGGGCUCAGGCCAGUUUGCACUGCCUGGAGCCCUGUGCUUGCAGGGCCAGGGCCAAGGCCACCUGAGCCGGAGGAAGACAGUCACCAUCCCCCCAGGCAGCAUCCUCGCAUUCCAAGUGGCACAGCUGGUUAUUGGCUCUGACUGGGACAUCCUCCUCUUCCCCAAGAAGAAGCAGAGGACCUUCGGGCCACCCCAGGCAGACCCCAAGCCUUCCAGAGGUGCAGGCGGCCAGGCACAGCGGACUUCCGAUGACGACUUCAAGAGCAUCCCACCGUCUGACUGCAUCCUGAAGGAGUCGGAUGGGCCUGCUGAGGGCUGGUUGGUGGCCACCAAAGAUUUCCAGGGCCUGCAGACAGAGGUGAGGGCCCAGGCCAGGGGCCUGGAGAGCUUGUGCAAAGAGCUGUGUGAGCAGCUGCUGGGAGGCCUGGGGCAGGUGCUGCGGGACGAGCUGGCCCUACAAGCCCUGGAGGAGUUGCUGGAGCAGGGCCUGUGCUGCGGGCGGGUGGAGCCUCUAGACGGUCCAGUGGGCGCCGUCCUUGAGUGCCUGGUGCACUCCUCCAGAAUGCUAGAAAAGGAACUUGCCUGCCCCAUCUCUUACCUGCUGGGAACACUGGAUGUGCUGAAUGAAACCCAACACGUGCUGCUGGCCGAGGUGCUGGAGACAGGGGCCCUGUUGGAGCAGUUCAAGCUGGUGGGGAGCCUUUUGGAGCAGAGCUCCCCAUGGCAGAGAGGCAGGGCGGUAUCCCUGCUGCCCGGGCUCCUGGGGAGCAGCUGGGGCCCAGAGGCGCCCGCCUGGGUCCUGCUGGAGGAGUGCGGCCUAGAGCUGCAGGUGGGCGCCCCCCAGGUGUGCUGGGAGCCAGAGGCCCAGGGCCGCACGUGUGCACUCUACGCUUGCCUGGCGAUGCUGUACACUCUACACCUGCCUGGCAGUGCACUUUAGGCCUGCCUGGCAGUGCUGAGCCAGCCCCACUUAGCCUGCACGCUUGCACACCUGGACAGCUCUCCAGGCAGAGCAGAGCUCACACCCACCCAGCUGCCAGCCCUGGGAAGGCGAGAGCCCAAUGCAGCCGUGUGGCCAGGUCACCAUGGCACCAGGAGUUGGGGAAAGUCAAUAAAUGUGAUGUACUAAGGAAA